AAGGGGGAGGAGAGGGUAGUACCAUUGCUGCAUCAGUGCCACAGCAGAAUGGAGCAGUAAAGGGCUAUCGUUUCCUCCUUAUUAUUUUACUCUAAACACUCACUGGUUCAAAAGAGGUUUGGAAUCAGAGACUGGAGCUCCUUGCACCGCUGGAUGCUCUACUAUACUCCUCCUAUCCUCCUACUCUCUGUGGAUGCUGUGGUAUUCUGGAUUUCUAUUUCUUUGCUUCUCUCCUGCAAAGCACUUCUGCUGCUGCUACUUCUAGACAUUUACGGCACUGUUUUGGUUGGAAAGUGUUUCUGCCUUCUGAUGACUGUUUUUGUCCGUUAAAUCUCUCUCUACACUGGUUAUAAUUUCGCAGAGGAAUUAUAGAUCCAGACUUUUAGAUGACCUCCGGGACUCCUUGAACUCCACCUGCGGGUAUUGUAUAGAGCAUGCACAGAAGUUGACAUCCAGAGAUUGUGUUUGUAUGCACCUCUGCAGCUCAGUGGGAAGGAGAGAGGACUAGAGGUGGAACCGAAACUAGUUGGUAGACAGACUACUGCAGCCAUGUGUACUGUACACACCAGAGCCUGCAUGUGCUAGGUUAGCCCACCAGAAGGCUGGCUGGUACUGUCACACGACUCAAUUACGUACACACACCCAGAGACACACACUCAUACACAGCAACAUUCUCUGCUGUUCUCAGUGCGCAACAGAGCACAACGUUUGCUACUGUAAGACUGCAUUGCACUCUGAGGCCAGAAAAGUGAAAAAAGAGACUAGAAGGAGAGGAGCAGCAGAGAAGAGGAGGGGAAGAAACAACCAUUGAGUAGCGGCUUACCUCCAGGGGGAACUAAAGUGCAAGGGAGAGGAGCACGGAUUGAUGAACUGACCGUCUGGUUAAUUAAAGAGAGAGAAACUGACCAUCUGGUUAAAGAGAGAGAUACUGACCAUCUGGUUAAAGAGAGAGAAACUGACCAUCUGGUUAAAGAGAGAGAAACUGACCAUCUGGUUAAAGAGAGAGAAACUGACCAUCUGGUUAAAGAGAGAGAAACUGACCAUCUGGUUAAAGAGAGAGAAACUGACAAUCUGGUUAAAGAGAGAGUAACUUACCGUCUGGUUAAAGAAAGUGAUAUAGACCGUAAUAAGAGAUGAGAGCAGAACUGAACUGACCGGUCUGUUUCCCGCAGCUCCAACAUGAACUCUUCCUCCUCUGAUGUGAACCAAAGCAGCUCUCCUUUCUGCCUGCUGGGCCUGGGCUACUCCUACAACCUCAACACCUGCGUGCUGGAGGUGUCCGUCAUUCUCUUCCUCACCAUCCUCAUCAUCAGCGGCAACCUGGUGGUGAUCUUUGUGUUCCACUGUGCUCCACUGCUUCACCACCACACCACCAGCCACUUCAUCCAGACCAUGGCCUAUGCAGACCUCCUGGUGGGGGUGAGUUGUCUGGUACCCUCCCUGUCCCUGCUCCACUACCUCAAGGGGCUGGACGAGGAGCUCACCUGUAAGGUGUUUGUCUACCUGGUGUCUGUGCUGAAGAGUGUGUCCAUGGCGUCUCUGGCGUGUAUUAGUGUUGACCGCUACAUCGCUAUCACACGGCCGUUCUCCUAUGCUACGCUGGUCACACCAUGUCGCCUGAGGGUCUGUAUCGGCCUCAUCUGGCUCUACUCCGCCCUCAUCUUCCUGCCCUCCCUCUUCGGGUGGGGGAAGCCUGGCUACCACGGAGAUAUAUUUCGCUGGUGUGCGACCUCGUGGCAGACCGAUCCGGGCUUCAGCUCAUUCAUCGUGGCUGUGCUGUAUGCUCCAGCCACCCUCACUGUGUGUUUCACCUAUGGGAGUAUCUUCCUCAUCUGCCGUCAGCACACCCGCAAGAUCAUCCAACGCCUCACACGCUUCGGCCCCCAGGGGAACGAGCGUGGUGAAGGGUGCCUGGAUAAGCGCUACGCCAUGGUGUUGUUCCGUAUUACCAGCGUGUUCUAUGUGCUCUGGAUGCCCUACAUCGUCUACUUCCUGCUGGAGAGCGCCGGCCUCUAUUGCCACCUGGUGGCCUCCUUCCUCACCACAUGGCUAGCCAUCAGCAACAGCUUCUGCAACUGCCUCAUCUAUAGUCUCUCCAACAGCAUGUUCCGGAAGGGCCUGGGCCGCCUGUUCACGUCACUUUUCUCCCCCUGUCUGGAACUGGACUGCUGCACCGAGGGGAAGAAGGGUCCUGCUCCACCCAGCCAGCGCCCAGCCCAGGCCUGCUAGGUAUGACAGUCUCCUACAGACACUGUCUGGUUGGUUAGCUACAGUAAGCUAAGGCCUCGGCUUUAGCUCCUGGUGAGUGCAGUGUAUUACUACAUUGCAUGUCACAGGGUGUCUCGCUACAAUGGUAGUGCAUAGACCCCUGAGGCCAGGCCAGAGAGGUGCCCAGGUCUAUGCCCUUCAUUUCAGAGGGGUGGUUUACAGAGGGGUGGGGUUUUCUCCAGUCUUUUUCUGCAGUGUUCUCCCAAGCGUGGGCUGUCUGUUUCUGGCUGUGUGGAUCACCACUGUGCAUGGAGGAGAAGGUGUAAGGUAGUUUAGAUGAACAUCAGAAUGGAUCUGAGGGAAAAAGUAGCAACUCCAGUCAUAUAGCUCUGGUGCCAUGUUUGGCGCCUGUGAAUCUUUAGCCUACCAAAUAUCUUCCAAAUGCAAAAAAAGGACAAUAUCAGCACAACACGACUUGUAUUGUGUAAACCACUGCAGUGAAAAACGUUAUUUCAACAUUGAUGCAAAACUGUUACAUUGUGUUCUUUCAGGGUAGACAAUAGUGAAUCAAAACAAGUAUUUCGAAACAAAAGUACUAGAAAGACUGUAUUUCUUCUCUUAGAAACUGCAACAGACAGUUUCCAUUUUGUAGCAGUUAUUGAAAAAUUCUAAUAUUUGAGUGUCAAAUUAUCUGUUAAUGAUGCUGUGCACUACAUUACAGUAUUACAUACAGAAAGGAUACCAGUUACAGUAACAGUCACUUUCCAAGAAAAUCAUUUAGUUUGUUCAGAAGCGUAUUUUGUGUAUUUUAUCAAAAGGAUUCUUCUAGGCGGGAAUGUUGAUGUAUAAAAUUGCCAAUUUUGGCAAGAUGGCCGACUCUAUGCCCACCGGCAUUCUGGUUUAUCAUGGAGCUAUGUCUUCAUUCUGCAUUCUCAACAAGGAGACAAGUAGAUUUAUUUGAGAAUUGUAUUUUCUGUCCAUGUUCCCUCAGGUUGAACGUCAGUUGUUUGUUCACCCUUAAUUGCUGAUGCCUUUAGACUGGUCUUGAAAUUGCAAAUGCAUGACAUGCUCCACAUUAUAAUAUGGCAGCAAUAACAUAGUCAAGAUGUUCUUAUAGAUUGGAAUUGCAUCAUGUUAGGCAUGCUACCGAUCCAGAUGCACAACAAAAUACAAAGAGAGACACACUCAUUACCGUGUGCAUGCUGGCUAUUUACAGUCGAGCUAUUCUCUCCCUCUGUGCUCCUUGGCUCCUGAUAUCUGUACAGAUGAACUGAGUGGAUGAGUAGUGCAUUAAUCAGAGGUCUAGACUGUCCUUCCAGAAGGCAGAAGGGUCAUGGAGACAAUGUGUUUCUAAGGGUUUCAUGUAAAGUAGAUUUAGGUGGAACUCCAGUGGGUCUCGAAGGCUUGUAUGGACAGUAGAUUUGUGAAUUGCUUAUAGGUUUCUAUGUGAACUAAGUUAGAUCUGAUAUGUAGGAUAGGAGAGCGGACUUUGGUCAGUGUAAACUUCAUUGAAACAAUACAAUAAAAGGUGCAAAGGUGAUUGUUUUGUAUGUGCGGGACUCUUCUUAUAUGACGAACCCAUGGGUACCCAGGUGUAGACAAUCACUUUGCAUUCCAUUCUAGGAAUUUCAAGAACCACAAGGACAGCAUGCAGGCAUCUUUUUACUAUAGUGUGUAUGCAAAGCUUGUAUACAACAUCUGUUAUGUUUCAAAAAUGAACUGUUGCAAAUUAUCUGUUGCAAGAAUAGUGUGUCACUGUGGAGUUAUGACAGUUGAUAUCCCAGGUUAAUAUAGGAUAAUCCUAGAUUUUUUUCAAAUAAAUAAUCGGUGAGAUAAUCAACACUCAUUUUAGGAUGAUGCUAUGGAAAUGACUUUUUCCGGCUAUAGCCUACACAACAAUUUAUGAUGGUGUGUAAAUAGCAUAUUAUACAGUAUUUCCUUUAGGUCGUCUAGUUUUCAGAAACGUCACCUUUCCCGGGAACGACCUUAGUAGUUCAAGAAAACAGAUUUAUUUUUGUAUGGGUCUUUAUGGCUGUGUUUACACAGCCACACUCAGAUUUUUUUCCUGACUGUCCACACUCAGUUUUAUAUGUGACCCAUAUCAGAUUUGAGCAUUCUAUCUGAAGUAGCACAUAGAUUCAAUGCUCAUUUCCUGUCAGUGUUCCUUAACAUUUUUGGGUAGUCGUCUUGGUAACGGCACUUCAGAGCAAAAAAAUCUGAUCUGAGCGUCCAGACUGAGGUUGCAUAUGGAGCAUCAGAACUGUAUCAGAAUUGAGAUCCACAUAUGGAUGUGGUAUAAAUCUGAACUCAAAAAAUGAGAUUCCAAAAUAUCAGAUUUACACAGGGAAAAGGCCAUGUCAGAAAAGAGUCUGUAUUUAAUUAGAAUAUUUGGAAAGAUGUCUGUUUUUCCUCAGGGGCCAUCUGUAGGGCUUCCUUCCCCCCAUGCUGCUGUCUCUGUUUGUCUGUUUGUGCAGUGGGGGUCUGUGCAAUACAAGUCUCUGUCCUCGCCCAACUCUUCUCAAGACAGUAAAAACAUAUCAGUAGUUGUAUUACUUUUAUUUAUUUGAAUUUUUUCCAGGCAGGUCCAUUUAUAACCAAUUCUUAUUUACAAUGACUGCCGGGCCUGCCACAAAAGGGCUCUUCUUGGAUAUCUAACACAAGCUUGUUGGUAAACUGCAUUAUGCGCAUGUGAUAUUUGAUAUCUAUCUGUAUCUGAUUGGAGAGUAGUUCUGCAUUAUCUGGCUCACAUGACUGUUCUAGAAUGGGAGCAUGUAGUGUGUGUUCUAUUGCGCUCAAAUGACUAGAAACGUGAGCGUUUGUUUUAUACUGAACUCACAUGAAUGCUCUUCAAUGGGAAAGUACAGUACUCAAUGUACUUUAGGUUACACUUCAUUUUAAGGGGUUCUUAUUACAAUGUAAUUACAUGUGUAAUUACACUGUAGCAUGUAUUGUAGUUAACAGUAACAACCAAUAGUUACAGUGUAGUAACAAAAUGUAACUGGUAGUAAUUGCAGUCUGUAAUUACAAAGGUGUAACAAUCUAUUAUUUUUACCAUGCUUGUUUCAAAUGGGCUUAAUGUUUUGUUUCUUCUCAGCUACAUUAGAUUCAGUAACAACUGUCACAAAGGUUGUGACCCCUCGUGGAUGUGCUGGGUGUCCGAGAGAUUAUGCUUAAUAGGCUCUAAUUACUUACCCAUGAAUGUGCACUGUUGAAAAUAUAUCUCCACUCAAUGUUAUUGCUAGCACUUGCCACCAAAAUAAAGUGUACCAUCUGGGUUAACUUGGUCAUCCCAUAUGAGGAAAAACACACUAUUUCAAGCAUACUGUAGUACAUGGAAUGUUUGCCUAAGUACAAUGUAAUUAUUAGGUGUUACACGGGAUUUAGCUAGUUAUAAUGAAGUGUAUCUUGAGUGGUACUUACUUGUAAUUAAUGUGUAUAGUACACUACCCAUCCUGACAACCUGGCCCUCAUUUGAAAGCUUCUGGAAGUUUCACUUCAUAUCUGUACCUUAUUGUGAAAUGAAGUGAAACUUCCAGAAACGUUGAAACGAGGGCAGGUUUGGGAUGGGGAGUUGUAAUGUAUUUAGAUUGGAAUCGCGACCACCAUCUCAACUCUCCUAUGAAUUCUGAUAAGGAAUGAUUUAUCAUUCAUUCUGAGGAAUACAGAGAGAUAAUGGCCAAACUUCAUGAAAUAUAAAAUGUUUCCUGGUGUUGUGUUUUUAAUUAACGUGUAACUGAACAACAAGUUUUUUAUACAUACUGAACAGGAAAGAGACUUUUGCUUUGCUGCCACCAUUAGAAACUCCACAAGUGAUGUUUUAUUGCACAUUUUAACUAAAAUAUAAGGUGGAACAAUGCUGGUUUUCCAAUGUAAAAAGCAAGCUCUUCAACAAAUGUUCUGUACCUCACGUGUUGGUGACUGUACCUGACGUGAUGAUACGUACUGUAUGUAUUUUAUGACAAUUACUGAUGACCAUUUUGAUUCUGAUUGUAGCCUGCAACCAACAACUAAAUGUGACUUUACCUGCUG